AUGAAUAAUUCGAAAAGUCCAGUUACAAAGGAUGAAAAAUCAUCCAAUGGGCACCAUUUUUCUGAAUCAAAUCAAUCUGCAUUUCGUCGUAUAUCAUCAAUUAAAUCUGAUCCAACUGAUAAAAUCAAUGAAAAAUCAACUAAAAAUGGAACAUCAAUUUCAUCGGAUGAUCUUCUUUUAAAUAAAUCUUCAAUGCCAAAUCCAUUUUUAUCACCAUUAAUUUCUUCAUCAUCUGAUUUUCAUUCUCAUCUUGCUCUUCUUCGUCCGUUUCUUUCUCAAACUUUACCAUUUGUUCCAACGCUUCCACCUCCAAGUUAUUGGCAUACACUGCCAUUGUUUCAUCCCUAUCUAUCUUCUUUUCGUCCAUCUGGACUUCUUCCACUGCCACUUUCUUCAUCACCAUCAUCCUCAGGAGCAUCAGCAACAGCAUCUCUUCAACCAAAAGCAUCAACAUCGACAUCAACAAAUGCAAACAAUAAAAAGUCCUCGUCCGCAACACACUAUCAUCAAUAUACAAUUACAAAUAAUAAUGUUCUUGUUCCAUCUCCAGCAUCCUUAAUGGAUUUUAUUCGACGACCAACAACAUCCAAUGGAGAUACAACAAAUGCACAUCCAACAUCGAAUAGUUCAAAAUCAAAGAAUUUAAAAAAAUAUAAAUGUGAUAUUUGUUCAAGAGCAUUCUCGAGAAGCAAUACAUUAGUUACGCACAAGCGUAUUCAUACGGGUGAAAAGCCAUUUGUUUGUGAGGUAUGCGAUCGAGCGUUUCGUCAACCAGGAAAUUUAACAAGACAUAAAUUAACGCAUACAGCUGCGAAACCUUAUGCAUGUGAAAUUUGUUCAAAAGCAUUUAAUCGAGCAUCGAAUCUUCAUGCUCAUCAACGUACUCAUUCAUUGAUGAUGCCUAUGAUGACAAAACCAACAACAUCAACAAACAAUAACAAUAAUAAUAAUAAUGGUCAUGGCCAUGGUCCUUAUACAUGUGCGAAAUGUCAUGAAGCAUUUGAACAUAAAUUCGAACUUAGUUUGCAUAUAGCUGCAAUACAUCAUUCUGACAUUAAAUUGUUCCAAAAAAAUAAUGAAGAAGUUGAAGUUGACGAUGGCGAGGACGAUGAUGAUAUUGAAGAUGAACACUCGUUCGACAAAGAGGAAGAUAUGUCCGACGAUAGCGAACAAAAUAUUGAUUUACUUGAAAAUUAG